UGCAAUUACAUCAUCAGUGAAGCUCCUCCCACACCGUUCACAUCCUCAGGGAAGCUCCGCCCCCAGCAGUUCCCCAAUAAAUGCUGGAAUAUUCCCAUCAGUUUCCAACAGCAUCAGAUCAUCAGGAAGAGCUGAAAUCUGCAAGGACUGAGUUUCUUAAAGAGGACAGAGAGAAGAUGAGAGAUCCAGAACCCUGCAGAACCAAACUCACUGAAGACACUGAAGAACUAACAGAUCUGAUGGAAGAAAGCGAGGAGAGUGAAGAACUGAGUGAAGCAGAGGAGAAACAUCACGAGAACCCUGGAGAAAAACCCUUGAGUCGCUCAAGGACUAAAAAGACAUUUUUAAAGAAAAGAAGAGUCAAGAAAUCUUUGACCUGCUCUCAGUGUGGAAAGAGUUUCACAACCAAACAACAUCUUGAUGUUCACAUGAGGAUCCACACCGGAGAGAAACCGUUCACAUGUGAUCUGUGCGGGAAGAGCUUCACAGAUACAGGGAGACUCAAGAGACACAUGAGGAUUCACACCGGAGAGAAGCCGUUCACGUGUGAUCUGUGCGGGAAGAGCUUCACACAGAGAGCACAUCUUAAGGGACACAUGAAAAUCCACACCGGAGAGAAACCAUACAUGUGUGAUCAGUGUGAAAAGAGAUUUACAUACAAACAUGAACUUACUGUUCACACGAGGAUCCACACCGGAGAGAAGCCGUAUGCUUGUGAUGAGUGCGGCAAAAGAUUUGUUUCUGGAUCACACCUGAAGAAUCACCUGACAGUUCAUACGAAGGAGAAGCCACAUUCAUGUUCUGAUUGUGGAAAGAGUUUUUCACUUCUGCAAAGUUUAAAAGGACAUCAGAAAAUACAUACCGGUGAAAAAUCUUACAUGUGCUUUGAGUGUAAGAAGACUUUUAUUUCAGCAAACUGUUUAAAACUGCACCAGAGGAUUCACACUGGAGAGAAACCUUACAAGUGUUCACACUGUGACAAGAGAUUCAGUCAGUCAGCAAGUCUGAGAAAACACGAGACGAUCCACAGCAGAGAGAAACCACACACAUGUGAUCAGUGCGGGAAGAGUUUUGCUUUUAAAAAUCACCUGAAGAUACACAAGAAGAUCCAUGCAGCGGAGAAACCAGAUCAGCGCAGUCUGAGAUCACUGUAACUGAAAUGAGUCGAACCAGACAAAUGAAAGAGUCUAUCAAAGCGGUGUUUGGAACACGAGCCGAAUUCCUCAGGAAGUCAUAAAACAUUCUGUGCCACAAGUCCCAAGGAAGAUAACCAACCAACCAACUUGUUCACACAACAGCUUUCAAAAUUGUUGUUCGUAAUAGACCCUUCUACAGUUGGUAAACGAUGUGACGUAUUUGUGUGGGCGGGGCUUAGCUGGAGGCAGAAAUAUUCCCCUCAACACUUGAACAAACGGUAGCUAGCGAGUUUUCUUAGCUUGUUUUUUUAACAAUGGCUGGAGAAAAUCUGAAUAUAUCUGCUUUAUCUGAAUAUUUAAGGUCACUCACUGUCCGGGACCGCGAUAAUUAUUUGAAAAAGUUAACUUUAACGGACGGAAUCCUUAGAUUCCCUUUCAACGGGGCUCCCCUUCACAGGAAACCAAGGCAGUGUAUCCUCAGACAUUUGUGCUGGUGUAUCUAAUAUAAUUUUAACCCCAUUGAGGAACUCAAUGCGA